GAAAAGCCUCUCUCCGUAUUUUCGCCAUAACCUCUGUCCAACUAUUACACGCCGUCGACUCAGGCAAGCAGGAAUUGCGAGAAAGCCCCUCCCUAAUUUUCAAUUCUCUUUCCUCCGCAUCGCUCGCAGGGGUCCGAUCACCGCUGGCGACCGCAGAGCGAAGCUCGUGGACAACAAUGCCCACGGUUUGAAAUGGGAGGACGAGGCGCGUUCGUUGACGGCGUCCGUCGCUUGUUCAAGCGCCGAGAUCACAGCGUCUCCACUCAUUUUAACGACCCCAAGCAAAAUCGAGAAGAAGAAGAAGAAGAGAAGGAAGAAGAGCUUCGAGCUGUUGUCGACUACGACCUUACUGUUCUUACCUCUGUUAGGGUUCCCAAACGCACCUCAAUGGCCGCUGAUAAGAAGAGCACAAAUGAGGCAGACUUCUUCACUGAAUACGGAGAAGCAAGCCGAUACCAUAUACAGGAGGUGGUUGGCAAAGGAAGUUAUGGGGUAGUUGGGGCUGCAGUGGAUACCCACACUGGAGAGAAGGUGGCAAUUAAAAAGAUAAAUGAUGUCUUCGAGCAUGUUUCAGACGCCACUCGCAUCCUAAGAGAGAUCAAGUUGCUUAGGUUGCUCCGUCACCCUGAUCUUGUAGAAAUUAAGCAUAUAAUGCUUCCCCCCUCUCGGAGAGAAUUUAGAGAUAUUUAUGUUGUUUUUGAGUUGAUGGAAUCUGACCUUCAUCAAGUUAUAAAGGCAAAUGAUGAUCUCACACCUGAACAUCACCAGUUUUUCCUCUACCAGCUUCUGCGAGCUAUGAAAUAUAUUCAUUCUGCUAAUGUUUUUCAUCGAGAUUUGAAGCCAAAGAAUAUCCUUGCAAAUGCGGACUGCAAAUUGAAAGUUUGUGACUUUGGUCUUGCUCGUGUUUCAUUCGAUGACGCACCAUCAGCUAUAUUUUGGACAGAUUAUGUGGCAACACGAUGGUACCGUGCUCCGGAACUAUGUGGCUCUUUUUUCUCGAAGUAUACCCCUGCAAUUGAUAUUUGGAGCAUUGGAUGCAUAUUUGCUGAAAUGUUAUUGGGGAAGCCUUUGUUUCCUGGUAAGAACGUGGUGCAUCAGUUGGAUCUCAUGACUGAUCUGCUUGGCACUCCACCUCCUGAAACAAUUUCAAGGAUCCGAAAUGAAAAAGCGAAAAGGUAUUUAAAUGGUAUGCGCAAAAAGCCACCAAUUCCGUUCUCGCGGAAGUUCCCUGACGCAGAUCCCUUGGCUCUACGUCUACUCGAACGCCUUCUUGCAUUUGAUCCUAAAGAUCGUCCUUCUGCAGAAGAGGCACUAGGUGAUCCAUACUUUAAAGGUUUGGCUAAUGUAGACCGUGAACCAUCAACGCAGCCUAUUUCCAAACUUGAAUUUGAAUUUGAAAGGAGACGAUUGGCAAAAGAUGAUGUGCGGGAGUUAAUUUAUCGUGAGAUAUUAGAGUAUCAUCCACAGAUGCUUCAGGAAUAUCUUCGUGGUGGAGAGCAGACUAGCUUUAUGUAUCCAAGCGGCGUUGAUCGUUUUAAGCGACAAUUUGCUCAUCUUGAGGAGCAUGCUGGCAAAGGAGAAAGAAAGACUCCAGUUUUGCAGACACAUGCCUCUUUGCCUAGGGAGAGGGUAAUUGUAUCUAAAGAUGAAGCCUCUGAAGCUUCUGCUGCUCCCAUUUCUGGAAGUUCUCUGAAGACACAGCAAGGGGAAGGUUCAGUAAAUCUGCAGGAUACAGAAAGUGGUAUAAACAGACCAAAUUGUAGUUUGUUGAAGAGUGCUAGCAUCAGCGCUUCCCAGUGUGUAGUUGUCAAAGGAGAACAGGAGAAUGGAGAAAAUUCGUUAUCAGAACAAACAGAAGAGGCGGUUGAGGGGUUGUCUCAUAAGAUAGCUUCAUUACCCUGAUAGCAAUUACAGUUAAGUGUACUUUUUUGGAUUGCUACAAGUAUUCGCUGCUAUCUGAAUGCUCUCUCGACUUUAUUGGCUUCAAAAUAGUCUCAAUAGUUUUGAGGCUCCGGAUAGCAUGCUGGAGUCAGCUGGCGAAAUUUCUAAAUGCAGCUAUUGAGUUACUAUUGUUAUAUUAGCUGAAAAAACUCAUAGUGAGCCGGACUGCCCAAGUCCUAAUGAUCUUUUUGUAUCUAGAGUAUCUGAUGACAGUGUUUCUGAAGAAUUGAUGCCCGUAAUUGCUAAGAGCACGCGAUUAAUGUUUUCAGAUAAUAGAUUCUUCAGUGCAUUUGGUAUCGAUUUUUCAUGUACCAUUAGCAUAAGAUGCUUUAAAUUGAAAUUUCUUUGUUUAUUUGGAUAUAGACAAAUAUGUUUGAGUUCGUGUUA